AAUGAUUUAGGUGCUUCAAAUUUUUAGUAAGUAGGUACAUUUUGAACAAACUACAUCACUCAGGCAGGUCUCUUUAUUGUUUGGGUCGACAUUAGGAACUGUGAAUUUUACGUUAUAUUGUGUAAUAUAAUUCCACAUGUUUACGUUGUCGUUGUUAGUUGAGAUUACCGCAUCAUGAUCAGACACCUGUAUAAAAUUCAGUAACAAUUGUUUCAAUUAUUAGUAAAAGUUAAGUCACUUCAGUCGUUAAUCCUCAGCAACAAGAUGGAAGGCAAGCACAACCCCAAAACACAAAUACGAAGUCAUCCAAGAGAAAAAGCCAAUUAUUUAUCGCACUGGUUUUUUUGCUGGCAAUUACCUUUCUUUUACAAGGGCUACAAAAAACAAAUCACCGAAGAAGAUCUCUAUGGUCCUCUCAAAGACCACAAAUCCAAACUCCUCGGAGAUAAACUCGAAAAGACGUGGUUAACAGAACUAAAAACACAAAAAAAUCCAUCGCUGUGGAGAACUUUACGGAAAGUGUUUGGUCCAGAAUUUUUAUUUUAUGGACUUACUCUUAUCGUCCAAGAAUUAAUCGUUAGAAUGUGUCCACCUAUACUCAUUGGAAAAUUGAUGUCGUAUUACACUCCGAAUCAAACCUCCAUUUCAAAAAACGAAGCUUAUAUUUACGCGUCAUGCAUAGUUUUUGCAUCAUUUUUGUACGUCAUGAUGGGUCAUUCUUACCUGCUUGGUCUACUCCACUUGGGCAUGAAAAUGCGAAUUGCUAUUAGUUCUCUAGUCUAUAGAAAAUCGCUAAAAUUAAGCCAGAGCGCUAUAGCUGAAAAUACUGCAGGACAUUUGCUCAAUUUAUUGGCAAACGAUAUCACCAGAUUCGACUACUACGUUGUGAAAGUUCACUAUUUGUGGAUGGGUCCUGUGGAAACUCUACUCGUUUGUGGGCUUAUCUACUGGAUGUUAGGGGCAACUGCUAUAAUAGGGAUUGUGAUCCUCCUGGCAUUUAUUCCUGUACAAGUAUACUUAGCAAAAAGAAUGUCGGUCUAUAGACUGCGAACGGCGAUAAAAACAGAUCAAAGAGUAAAACUGAUGAACGAAAUCAUAACAGGUGUAAAAGUUAUUAAAAUGUACUCGUGGGAAAAACCUUUUGCUAAGUUAGUGGAACUGGCAAGAAAGUUGGAAGUGGACCAGAUCAAAAUUAGUUCGUACUUGCGUGCUUUCAAUAUGGCCUCCCAGUUAUUUUUAGGGAGAAUUGCAGUAUUUUUCUGUAUUCUAAUUUAUAUUUUAACCGGUGGUACCUUAGAACCUCAGUACGUCUACGUCUUGACUUCAUUCUACGAAAUCAUCCGUCUAGGAGCUGUAAUUUUUCUUCCACUGAGUAUGAUGGAAGUGGGGGAAAUUAUGACAUCUAUGAAACGAAUUUUAGAAUUUCUAAAACAACCAGAAGUGACUAGUAUUAGAAAGUAUAAUCAUGAAAGUAUCAAAAUGAAUAACGUAUGCGUCAAAUGGGACAAAUCCCCAAAGAACACUUUAACUAACAUAAACUUAGAUAUUAAGUCUAAUCAACUAGUAACCUUGAUUGGAGCAGUUGGUAGCGGUAAAACUACUCUUCUUCAUGUAAUUUUACAAGAAAUUCCUUUACUGGAAGGAUCCUUUGAAGCAGGAGGCACCAUUUCGUAUGCCUCUCAACAACCAUGGCUGUUUUCGGCAAGCAUUCGAGAUAAUAUUCUUUUUGGAGAAAAAUUUGAUAAAAGUAAAUAUGAUGAGGUCACUAAAGUUUGUUCUCUGGAGCACGAUUUUGCUCUUCUUCCUUUUGGCGAUCGAAGUCUUGUAGGAGAACGAGGUGUUAUGCUUAGCGGAGGACAAAAAUCCAGAAUUAAUUUAGCCAGGGCUAUAUAUAAAGACGCUGAUUUGUACCUUUUAGAUGACCCUUUGUCAGCAGUUGAUGUGCAUGUAGGAAAACAAAUCUUUGAGAAAUGUAUUAGGAAUUAUUUAAAGAAUAAAACGACGAUCUUAAUUACUCACCAAAUACAGUAUUUAGACAAUACUGACAUUGUCUAUUUAAUUGAAAACGGAAAGAUAAUGGAAAGCGGGACAUUAUUAGAACUUACAGAGAAAAACACAGGGUUUCUAAAUGUAUUGGAAAAACGAACAGAUGUGCAGGAUGACCAGCAAAUCGAAAGUAAAUAUAAUCUUGAAGAAUCAACAGAACGUCCACUGGAAGUAAAAGAAAGUCAAGGAACAGGAGCAGUUUCUAAUCGAGUGUAUCGCGACUAUUUUCUUGCUGGUGGGCCUUUCUUGAUAGGCUUCAUAGUCAUACUUUUACAUGGUAUGGUUCAAACAAUCGCCGUUGGUGGAGACUACUUUUUAUCAUUUUGGGUGAACUUGGAGCAAGACAACGCCACCAGCACCCACGACUUCUUAACAACAGAUAACUGUCUAUAUAUUUACGGUUGUUUAACACUACUUGUGAUUAUUAUUGCCCUCGUUUGUUCUUUCCGCUUUUUCUGGUUUUGUAUUACAACGUCUACAAAUCUACAUAACAAGAUGUUCCGCAAAAUCGUCUACUCUUCAAUGAGAUUCUUCAAUACAAACGAAUCAGGAAGAAUUCUUAACAGAUUUUCGAAAGACAUUGGACUGAUUGAUGAAAAUCUACCCUUAUCAAUGAUGGAUACUAUUCAAAUCUCCUUCAACGUUUUAGCGAUAGCUAUCAUAAUUGCUAUUGUUAAUCCAUGGAUUGUAAUACCUACAGUUGUAAUGUUCACGAUAUUUUAUUUUUACAGAAAAAUCUGUUUAGCUAGUACCCGUAACCUAAAACGUAUCGAAGGGACAGCACGCAGUCCAAUUUACUCACAUGUGACUUCCUCUUUAGAAGGCAUUUCAACCAUCCGAGCUUUUAGUGCUCAAAACAAUUUACAAAAUGAGUUUGACCAACGUCAAGAUUCACACAGCUCUUCGUUUUACAUGUUUCUGGCUUGUGACAGCGCAUUUGGUUUUUGGUUAGAUCUUUGUUGUGUUGUCUUCCUUGGAAUUGUUACGUUCAGCAUCCUUCUCAUGGGUUCUGGGAAUUAUGGUGCUAAUAUGGGAUUAGCUAUCACACAAUCAAUUAUGAUGACAGGUUUAUUGCAGUGGGGAAUGAAGCAAUCCGCACAAUUAGAAAAUCAAAUGACUUCAGUAGAACGCGUAGUAGAAUACACAAAAUUAGAACCUGAGUCUGAUCAAGGUACAAAACAAAUAUCAAAAGAAUGGCCAGCAACCGGUAAAAUCGAGUUUAACACCGUUUCGUUACGUUAUUCAUCUCAAGAUCCGUGGGUACUUAAAAAACUCACUUUUGAUAUACGCGCGAAAGAAAAAGUGGGAAUUGUUGGGCGCACAGGUGCUGGAAAAUCUUCGUUAAUUUCAGUGUUAUUCCGUCUGGCACCAACUCAAGGCGAGGUUUUUAUUGACGACGUGAACAUUAAAACUAUAAACUUGGAGAGUUUACGUUCCAAAAUUACCAUCAUCCCUCAAGAUCCAGUACUCUUUUCCGGUACUAUCAGGUACAACUUAGACCCGUUCGAUGAAUACCAAGAUUCUCAAUUAUGGGACGCUUUGGAAGAAGUUGAAUUGAAAAAUUUAGUGUCGGGUUUCCCAGCUGGUCUGUCAAAUAAAGUAUUAGACGGCGGUGCCAAUUUCAGUGUGGGUCAAAGACAACUUUUGUGUUUAGCUCGAGCAGUAGUCAGAAUGAAUAAAAUUUUAAUUCUGGAUGAGGCUACAGCUAAUGUUGAUCCUCGAACUGACGAACUAAUCCAAAAGACAAUUAGAUCGGAAUUUCGAGAAUGUACUGUACUAACAAUUGCUCAUCGGCUAAAUACGGUUAUGGACUCCGACAGAAUUUUGGUGAUGAGUGAUGGAUGCGUUGUUGAGUUUGAUGAACCUCGUAGACUUCUUGAAAAUACGAAUGGAGUUUUCUAUAGGCUGAUAAAACAGGCUGGAAGUGAGAUUCAAAAACUAACAGACUUAAACGAAAUGUAAGAAAGAAAUGUUCAAUAUUAAUAAAGAGUAUUUAUUUUUGUACAAAAA